AUGGCACCAAAGCAAUGGGGUAAUUUUCACGUCGGAAGAGAAUGUGGCCAUCAAAAGUGGUCUCGACAAAAUACCCCGAAGCUUACAGUCUCGUCCGGGGAGACGGUCACUUUUGACGCCAUCGACAGUAGCAAUGGCCAGCUUGACACGUCAUCCCAGGCCUCGGCCAUCAAGACCUUGGAUCUCGGUCUAGUCAAUCCCGUCUUCGGCCCGAUUUAUAUGAACGACGCCCAGCCCGGCGACGUCCUCAAGGUGGAAGUUCUCGACCUGGAAGUUGCCGAUUGGGGCUGGUCCGCCAUCAUUCCAGGUUUCGGUCUGCUGGCAGACGAAUUCCUAGAACCCGAGAUCAAGAUCUGGGAACUAAACCGCGAAGCCGGCUUCGCUCAGUUUAAGGAUAUGCGCAUCCCGCUGCGUCCCUUCCUUGGAUGCAUGGGUCUCGCCCCCGCCAGCGAUGAAGAACUUUCGACUGUGCCGCCCACAAACGCCGGCGGAAACAUGGAUUGCCGCGAGCUGAGUGUCGGCUCUACCGUUUAUCUUCCUGUUCAGACUGCCGGUGCCUUCUUCAGCUGCGGUGAUGGCCAUGCCGCCCAGGGCCACGGUGAGGUCUGCGGCACUGCCAUCGAAACCCCGAUCCGCGCUACCCUCCGCUUUGAACUCCUCAAGGACCAGACCUGGAUGACCGCUCCUCAAUUCCAGACUCCGCCCCGCGCGCAAAUACCAAACCCCCUGCCCGACCUGGGAACUUAUGGUGCUCUCGGCAUUGCUCCUGACCUGUACGAGGCUACCAGAAGCGCGACCCGGAAUCUUAUUCAGUGGUUGGUGCAGACUAAGGGUCUUACUCGCAGCGAGGCAUACAUUCUUGCUAGUGUUGCUGGUGACCUGCAGAUUGCCGAAGUAGUCAACGUGCCGAACUUUGAAGUGGCUAUGACUUUGCCUUUGGGCAUUUUCUCUUAA